AUGAUUGGUGUACGUGACAAAGUGAAAGUUUUUCGGAGGUGGAAGCGUACAUCCUGGAAUGGAUCGGUGGGAUGGCAUUCGUGCGCAUUGAUUGGCUGUGAGGUGGUUGGUUUGGCAUUCAAAAUGGUGUUAACUUUGCCGGAAAUUGACUAUCCGGUCCAGUAUAUUGAGCAUGGCGGCACGCUAGCUUUUCAAACAGAAUCGUGUCAGCAUGCCGGAAGAUGGGCUCCGGUUCAACAUACUGCUUUUGCAGACAAAUUGAUGACAACUUUGCCGGAAAUUGUCCAUCCAAUUAAACAUAUUGGGGAUGGCAGCACACUGGAUAUGCUUGACUUGCACGGACCAAUGUCCAUGCUUGUUGGCCAUUUCGAUAUGGUAGCAUCAGAUUUACUGGAAGCUUGUGGAUCACUCAGUUACCGGACUAAGUGUUUGGGGGGCGAAAAUCUAGCUGUAGCAGUUGAAAAAGGGGAUAAAUUUUGUGGGUUGUGUCCGCCUGUUCAUGCCGUUCAAUCUAAAGAUUUUCCGCCUAGUUUACCAACCAGCAGUUCAUUAUGGCAGGUGGAUCCAAUAACCCGAGCACAUCAAAUACAUCGCAAAAAUGCGAUGCAAAAAAGUACUCUUUCUUUAUUUACAACCAAAAUUGCGAGAAGCAUCGUAGGUUGGUCUUCUUGCCCUGAGUGUCACCAACCAUCAGAGAUGGCAGAUAUUGUGUCGCAAAUUCAUUUAGAUGGCAAUUCGGAUAACAAGUCAGAAGCCGCGAGAAAGCUAGAGAAUUAUCGCGUCAUUCUGCGAAAGUUGCAUAAAGCUUAUACGGAUAAUAUGGCGUUGGAGAGAAAAGAACUGGAGUCGGCGGUUGAGAAGCUGAAGUUGAAAAAGGAAAUUAUGAGUUGAAGAGAAAAUAC